AACGCUGUCUAAAACAUGCUCUGUCCCUUUAAUAAGAUCAAAACAAAACAGCAAACUUUACUUCGCUUUGAUUUAUGCACACAUCUUUCGCAUUUGGUGAAGUCAGCAACAAGAUGUUAAGAACUUAUAGCAUUCAACGAUGAUGUUUCGUUUUCUCACACUGACUGAUUUUUUUCUGGAUCGCCUUCAUCUGCAGACACUCCUCCUCUUCCUCUUCUGCUGCUGCGGUGGGAUCUGCUUUUCGGACCAUGGCGCUGCGCUCUGAACACUUCACUGUAUACGUGGCGUUGUGUUUUCUUCUUGCAGCAUUAUCUACCCUCACUGUCAGAGCUUCCGGAGGCAGCGGAUCUAAAGUGUUGUCUCUUUUGCAGCCGUAUGACUUUCUGUAUUACAGUGGGGUCCGCGCUUAUUACGGAGAGGAGUGGACAAAGGCUGCAGAGCUGCUGGAGAAAUCCAUCCAGACCAAGGAGGCUCUGCUGAGAGCCCGCAGACAGUGUCAUGAUGACUGUGUGGCAUCUGGGACCGAGGCUUUCAACAAACUGGACUCAGAGAAGGGCAGCAUGUGGGAUCUCUGGGCUGUGGACUGGAUUCAGCAAAAAGCAGAGUGUCUGAGGUUCUGUAUCGGACGCUCUGUCACCUCUACAGGACAGCUUCCUGUUUCUAAUGACAUCGAAUAUGAAUUCAACACUCGCAACCCCUACAACUUCCUACAAGUCACUUAUUACAAGUUGGAGAAGUUGAAAAAGGCGGCGUCUGCAGCUCACACGUAUUUUGUGGCCAAUCCGAGUCACCUGGAGAUGAGGAACAACAUCGAGAAGUACAGGCGCAUGGAGGGAGUGACGGAGGACGACUUCCAAGACAGAGAGGCUGAGAAACAUUGGGUUCUGUAUGAUGCAGCCGUGCAGCACGAAGCGUCGUCCGACUGGCUGCAGGCGGCGGAGAAAUGGAGAGCGUGUGUGAAUGAAACUCUGUGGCGGAUAGAUGAGUGCAGGGUGCAGUGUGAGGUUGCACCGCAGCCGCUGCCUGAAGACCGGGGAGUGGACGGGGUGGACGGCGCGUUCGAAAAGGCUGCAGCUCUGUCCCUGUCCCUCCUCUCAUGCCGGCAGUCCUGCGUGACUCAGGUCGCCACACGACCCGGGCGGAUUUCUGCGCAGGAGGACUUCUUACCCACUCAGCUUGAGCAUCUGCACAUUGCACAGUUUAAAUCUGGUGACGUGAGUGGAGCCCUGCAGACACUUCGUUCCUUUCUGCUGUUUUAUCCCUCUGACAAGGACGCUUUAGACAACCUGCAGCUCUACUAUGAGACACUUGGGGGCGAUGCCGAGUCACACGGCAUUCAGCCUGCUGGGGAAAUUGCCAGAUACAUCAACCAGUCGUUGCAGGAGAAGAGCCUGUUGUAUUUCGGUGUGGAGAAUCUGAACUUUACUUUCACGGACCCGGAUCUCUGGACUCCAGAGGAUGUUGUGCCUGAGUCUCUCAAAGAAAACUGGAGAGCAGAAAAACAGAUGAUAAAUGAGAAAAUAAAGGAAGGAGAUCAGCCAGAAGAAGUGGACGACAGCGGGUUUUAUGCAGGGGGUCCAGUCCCACAGGUGGGAGUGACCAUAGCCAUGGACGAUGAAGCUCUAAACGGGACCAAUCGGGUCGUUCUGGACGGAGUCAUGACUGAGAAGGAGUGUGAUAAAAUACUGCAGCUGGCAACUGUCGCGGCGUCUCUUGGCGAUGGUUACAGAGGACGGCGGUCCCCGCACACUCCUCAUGAGACGUUCGAGGGUCUCACCGUCCUCAGGGCUGUGAAGCUGUCUCAGGAAGGACUGGUGGACCAGUCGGACACCAGACUGCUACAUGAGCUGGGUGAGAGAGUGAGAACCCUGCUGCACUCCUACUUCAGGAGUCCCUCAGGGCUUUUCAUCUCCUUCACACACCUGGUGUGCCGCAGUGCCGCUACGGGUGAGCAGGAGGGCAGGAUGGAUUUGUCUCACCCGGUCCACGUCGAUAACUGUCUUCUUGAGCCAGAAACCAAACAGUGUUGGAGGGAACCGCCUGCCUUCAUUCACAGAGACCUCAGCGCCAUUCUCUACUUGAACGAUAACUUUGACGGAGGAGAUUUGUUCUUCACCAAUCGAGACGCCAAAACAGUAACAGCUCGAGUUAAGCCCAGCUGCGGUCGACUGGUGGGCUUUUCGUCCGGGCCGGUGAACCCCCACGGCGUGACGGCCGUGACCCGGGGUCGGCGCUGCGCUCUGGCUCUCUGGUUCACCAAGGAGAAGCUCUACAGGGACAUGGAGCGAGAGGAAGCAGAGGCCUUGUGGGCCGCCGACGGACAGAGCGCGUUGAAGAAGGACGAGGAGGAGGAGAAGGAGGGCGGCGCCACCGCGGGCCGCAACGCCCGGAGCCACGCGCCCAAAGAACGGAGCAGAGGGAGAAACACGGUGACGGGCCGCAAAGACGAGCUGUGACAGUCAGAAGAGACGCUCAAGACUGAAACUGGACUUUAUCUUCAUCAGUUUCCACUCAAGCAUUUCACUCCAUUUGUGUUUCGUUUUUUUAAUUCUGUUUAACUUGUGCUUUAUUUAUGCUGUAAGUGAUGGAGAGCUGCCUUUGUGAUGUCAGUCUGUAUCGUUGCUCCGGAUGCUUUUCUGACCAAACACUGAAUUUGAAAAUGGAAAGAAUAUAAUGUGCAUUAAAUGUGACUCUUUA